CGCCCCUGAGGCUCCUGUGAAGAUAUCUUCCAGCCCCAAAUUUAUUUCUCGCAACGGAUAUAACUCUAUGCUGUCAUAGCUACUAGCAAUAUUCUAUAAUCAUGGCUACCACAAGAUUGCCAGAUCUUGUGAAUGAUUCAAGAUUGCUUGUGGAGCUGCAUGAGACCCAUGCUCACUACUUUAAUGUCUGCAACAACACCACUGGCCAGCUUCGCAGACGGGCAUGGGAAAAGGAGACAUGGACGAGGACAAAACGCCUCGGAGGGGGCGCAACUGGAGAGGUAUGGCUGGAGGAGUGCCACACAGGAGAGAAGGUGGGCCAAGUGCGGGCAGUGAAAGUCAUUUCAAAAGGCAGCCAUAUCGACGUUUACCAAGAGCUGGAAACAAUUGCCAAGUUUUCCCAGAGCACAAGCAAGUAUGAGGGCCUUUUCGUCAAAUCCCUUGGAUGGUAUGAGAACGAUAUAUCAGUAUUCCUGGUCAUGGAACAUAUUGAACACGGCAGCCUUGCAUCUCAUUUAACUCAUCCUUUGUCAGAAGAUGAGGCUAGACAGAUCACGGUCCAAAUCCUGGAGGGCCUAGUAUGUUUCCACGAAAACGAGUUUGUCCAUAGAGACCUCAAGCCUGAUAACAUCCUAGUUGCUUCGAAGGACCCCGAAUGGUGGGUUAAGAUCGGCGAUUUCGGCUUCAGCAAACGGACCAGUGGGGACAACAGUCUGCAUUCCUUUGUUGGAACCCAGAAAUACUUUGCACCGGAAGUGCUAGGGCUACUUCCUCAGUGGGUUGGUCCAGAUACUGAAGCUGGUGGUAGAUCCCGUUGCACUUACCCCAUGGACAUGUGGUCUUUGGGGGUUACGGUCUUUUACAUGCUCUGCCAUGAUUACCCAUUCCAGGGUGUAGAGUUAUUGGAAUAUCUCAAAGGCGCCUCUUUCCCCAUUGCACGGCUAUCGCAACGGCGUAUCAGUCAGGAAGGAUGCGAGUUCAUAAAGGCCCUCCUGACUGUUGACCCAGAAAAACGUUUAACUGCAGCUGUCGCUUUGGAGGAUACCUGGCUGAAGGAAUAUCGCGGUGAAGUGCCUUCGGGCUUGUCAGAGGAGAUUCCUUCUGGGAUAUUGAAUCGGUCUGUAGCACUCCCUUCCAUUACAGACGCUUCAGCAAGCUGGCCAAUGUCCAGCACAUGGAGCCCGACCCCAACCAGCAAGGAGCAGGCUCUAAACUCAAUGGGCGCUAUAUCUGAACCAGAAAGGUUAGCAGAGCCGCGAAUAGAAGAGUUGCGUAUUGGGGACCCUCAACAAAAGACUUUAGAUGAACUCAGGGCUCUUCACAACAGUGGACUCCAGUUGAUCGCAGAUAAGAACUUCUCCCGAGCCGAAGUUAUCUUCCAACAAGCGGCCGAUGGACGCAAAGCGAUUCUAGGUGCUCACCACAAAGACCGAGUGGAAUCAAUACAGCAAGUGGGGGUGGCAUGUUUCUUCCAGUGUCGGUACCAGGAUGCGCAAAGGAAACUGCAAUUCGCCGUGGAUGUACAGACCGACUCUCUUGGAACGACUCAUCCAAGCACACUGACUUCGAGUUACUGGCUGAGUAGUUCGCAUUUAGCUCAGGGUAAGCUGGACGCAGCACUGGAUAUUAUCGAACGGACAAUGAAAAUACAAAGAGAAAUUCUAGGCCUCCAAAAUAAAGAUACCAUCAGCUCUAUACGCCUUUGCGGCCAAAUAUACUGUCAACAGGAGAAAUAUGAUGACGCUCUUAAUGUCCUCGAACAAACAGCCGAUUCUGUACUAGGAAAUGACCACGCAACCACAUUUGAGGCUCAUCAAUCACUUGCGUUCUGCCUGUAUAAGACGAAGAGAUAUAAAGAAGCGCAAUCUGUUUUGGAGCAAAUAAUACAAGCCUCUCCGAUGGUAUCAGAGCCUGCUCAAUCAAUGGAUCUGCUAUUCGAUAUCAGCCAGUCACUUUAUGAAGCGGGAGAAUACAGUGAUGCGCAGCGUUCUUUCGAGAGAGUUUCAAAGUAUCGUAAAGAUACACUCGGUUCAGCACAUGAGAAAACCAUCGAUUCGGCACGGUGGGUUGCAUCCUCACUCUGCAAACAGCAAGGCAAGGCCUCCCAAGCACAGGAUAAUAUACGUCAAAUUCUGCGGGAACCUCUUCCACAAAGGACCAGGCAAUCAGUGCUUGAUCAACUACAUGAUACUGGGGUGGCACUAUGCAAUUAUAAGGUUUAUGAAGAAGCAUAUGCCGCCUUUCGGGGAGCACUGGAGGGUCGCAAAUUGCUUCUUGGACGGCGACAUCAAGAUACGCUUUUCACGGCUUCGUGGUUAGGCCGCUCACUCUUCCACCUAGAGAGAUAUGAUGAAGCCACGGAGCUCCUUGAAUCAGUCAGGAAAAGCCAACUCGAUACUGUCGCAGCUGGCCAUCUCCAUAAGGCAUAUACGAGAUUUUGGCUCGGCCUGUCACUCCACCGUCAAGGCCAAAAUAAGGCUGCACAUUCCUAUAUUCAAACCGCCUAUUGGACAUUGAGGGACAAGCUAGGCUCAAACGAUGAAGACGUGAUUUUGUACCUACGCUGUCUCGGUUCUUCAUACCGCCAAUUGGGGAGGUAUGCCUCUGCAGAAGACACUCUCCGGCAGGCCCUGCCCGCCAUAAGAAAGCUUUUUGGGCCAACCCACGAGGAAACAUUAAAAACUGAUCUCAGCUUGGGCAUAACCCUCUAUGCAAGGAAGUCAUAUAAACUUGCACUCGAAAGCUUUUAUCGAGUAUCGGAUGUUCAAAUUGAGACUCUCGGGAUAGCCCACGAGAGAACAAUAGCAACAUACUACUACAUUGGCGUGACGCUAGAUGAGCUGAAGCGGUACAGUAUGAGUGAGCACUUUUGGAAGAUUGUUGCAGAUGGUAGACACACGUUGUUUGGAGCCAAUCACCCAGAAACUCUAGAUGCCAUGAGAUCGUUGGCGUUCUCCCUUGCGCACCAGGGUAGACGGGGGGAAGCAGUGACGCUGUUGGAACAGGUACUCAAAGCCAGGCAGGAGGCAUCUGGGAGCUCCCCUGCAGCUAUCGCUGAUGCCAAAAGAGAUCUCGAAAAGUGCAUAAAGCCGGGGCUGGCCGGUAAAUGGGCUCAAUAUUGGUCCGAGCACAAGAAGCUUGAAUACCGUGAUUUAUAGGGCUCAGCACCACGCACCUGUAUCAUUUUAUGACAAUAAUGUUAAUAAUGGAGACUCUAGGCUGACACUAAAUCAGCCUUGUCGAUUCAGCUUAUGCAGACUACCCCGCACUAGUAUUUGUUUCUUUUCAUUGCAAGGCUGUAUUUACUCUUCAGUAACCUUUAAUCUCCC